CCCAGCUUCCAGCCAGAAAUCUCACCCACCACUGAACCUUGCCGUCUAAACUUGGAUUCUCUUCACCUCUACUGCCUGCCCUCCUGCCUGCUGACUGUGCUGGAAACACUAAACCUCAGAAGUUACACGAAGCUCAACAGAAAGUCUGUAAGGAUGGCAGAGGAGGAAGUUAACUAUGCCACAGUCAAAUUCAAAGAAAAGAAACAUUCCCAAUCAAAAGUUAAAAAGGAGGAAACUGUUUUUGAUGAAGUGGAGGUGAAAAAUGAAGCAAAGGAACAAACUCUGGACACAAACGACAAGACAUCAGACAGAACUACGAGCAGACAUCGCCACUAUAAACAGUUGGCUUGUUGUUUGGGAAUCAUUUGUGUCAUGUUGGUGUUUGGCAUCAUAGCAGCCACUGUCUACCAAAAACAACUUGCAGAAAACCAGGAGCUCAAAAAGAAAAAUAAGGAGCUGGAGACAGAAAAGAAAAACCUAACAGAAAUAAUACAACAGAUGACGACAUCAGGGAAUGACUUCAAUGUUAGUCAAGCUCAAUGGAGCAUUGAUGCCUACUGUCCCAAAGAAAAUAACAACAGAAAAUGUAACCCUUGUCAGAAGGGAUGGGAUCAUGUUGAGUCCAGCUGCUAUGCAAUUAAUGAUGCUAACCGUGAUCAAUGGAAAACCUGGGAAGAAGCUCGAGAAAACUGCAGAGGAAAGAUUUCAGAUUUGGUUGUUGUGAUUAAUGAAGAAGAAAAGAAAACUGUCAGUAAAAUGAGUUGGACAUAUGGAAACAAAGGAUACUGGAUUGGUCUGAGAGUUGAAGAUGGGAAAUGGAAGUGGCUGGAUGGAAGGAAUCUGACUAGUAGCUCCUGGAUCGACCAGCUUCCUUCUGAUGGUCACUGUGCAAUCUCUGUCAAAGACCAAGGAUUUAAAUCAGUGAGCUGUAAUGAGAAGAACCGAUGGAUCUGCAAAAAGAAAGCUUUGUCUGUUUGAAUACUGCAGUAAAACCUCAGAGGACUUUUGGAUAGUCUCAAUCUCAAAAAUAUAAUAUUAAUGAUGAUAUUAAUAACUGGUCAACAGAGGGCACUGCAUUACUUCAAAUCAAAGAGUUGUUGCCUGAAGUAUCUGCACUGAGAUUUUUUUCAUGUUGCAAUGAUAGUUAUUGUUAAGCUAUGUUAUAUGAAUGACAAAUGUUUUAGUCAAGCCAAGAACAACACUGUUCAAACUGCUGUCACAUGUGGAAGAAGGACAUCUGGCCUCUACAUUUGGACUUUGUUAAUCAGUCACAGUGUCAACAUCAGCUACAGAGCAGCAGAGAAGAACAGGAAGUUCAUCUUAUAAUUCAAGUCUCAUGUUGUGUAUUUUGCAUAUUGUUAUCAUAUCAACUUCUCUUUUUUAGUGCUGUUAGUAAAGUUUUGAUUUUAUUCAUUUACAUUGAUUGAAAUGAAAGUAUGGAUCCAUCCUGCUUUGUAUCACCAGCUCAGCCUGGUGGUGGUGCUGUAAGGGUUUGGGGGGCAUUUUCUUGGCACACUUUGGGUCAUUUAUGCCAAGUGAGCAUAAAUAAA